UUUUAUCAUUAUUUUUCUUUUUGGUUAAAAAUGCAUGCAGGUUGUUUUUCUUCUUUAGUUACAUAUGUACAUAUCGACCUUGCUUAUUCCGUCAGGGCCUUUAUAAUUACCACCUGCAGUUAAUCAAUUUAUCAUAAUAGGCCUAUAUAUCUGCAACUUAGAACAAUUUUUUGCGAGUGUGGGAGUAAGUGAAUUACUCUUUAGAGUGAAAGCGUUCUGGCAGUCGCUCUCCAACUAACUACCAAAUUUAACAGCAGUAGAUAUAACAACAAAAUAAUAAUAAUAAUAACGAUGGGGAGGGGGGUGGUGUAGAAAGCCAUGGAAGGAUUUUAAGAACAGAAUGAACAAAGUGUCAUCUAGUUAAAAGUCACUCACUGGACUGGCAUAAUAAUUUUAUAAUCGCUGGCCUGGGUUGUUUUUUUUAACUUGAGCCUCAAUUUGAGGUAUAAUUUUGAAUGUACGAGAUGCCCGCUGGGUUAUUGCUCAAGACGUUGGAACACCUUGCAAAACCUUACAAGUGAUUGCGUCAAAAGGGGUAAUAAUCAUGCCAAAAAAAUAAAUCCAUGAUAUGUUUGGUGAACAAGUGAAGUAUUUUAUAUCACCACGUAGUAUCCUUACUUUCAUUUUUCGGGAGCACCUGCUAUAGGUUGUCAUUGCGUUGAUUAGAUCAUUGUGUACACUUCCUGUUUUUACCCAGACACGAGAAAAACUGUGUAAAAUUACUUAUAAUCAAAGAUUCUGCAAGGAACAGAGAUAAUUAAUUUUAUGAAUUGUCAGAAUGGAUAGUCUGGAGGAAGAUUAUAUUGUGCUCAAGUGAAAUAAUUUCCUCAGAAGCAUUGUGUCAUAAUUAUAACCAUCUAACAAAACAGUUGGCAAGGGCGACAACUGAUGGGUAACCAUCACACUCAUCAUGACGGUAAAGAGAAAUCCAAUCCAGAAUCUCACGGAGGUGGUGCCCUCUCCAGAUCAUCUGUAUUUGGAAGCACAAAGUUUAACUCAGCCAGCCUCAUCAAACUCUUCCAGAAACUUGAGUUGACGGCCGACGAAAAAAACAGACACCCUGGAGAACUAAGUAGAGCCACAUUCGAGAAUGCCUUUCAUGGUCCACUUCACAAGUUUGGAAAAUUGUUGUACACUCAGAUGGUCCGACAGACGACUAGCAGUGAAAGAGAAAGAAUCACCAAGGAACAGUUUACAAAGGCUGGCAAAGAGCUACUGAAACUGUAUGAUGAGCCCUCACAGCUUCAGUACUACUUCAAAUUAUUUGCCAGCGGAAAGGAUCACCUAACUAAGGAAGACGCCCUACAGAUGAUAAUUGUGUCCUAUACCCUGACCCUCUCAGCCUCCAUGAUUCCGUACUCUAAAGGUAGUACUGAUGAUGAACUGUUUGAGGGUGUCGUACAAGGCAUGUUCGGUAUAAAUGAGAGGAUGACAUUUGAUGACUUCAUCACCUGGUCAAAGAAGAACAGCCCCCAUUUGUUCUGUGGGGUUCACAACUGGGUGUAUCAGAUCCUCACAGGGUCCAAAAUGCCUUCAGAACUGGAAACAGUCAAGGUCCCUCAGCUGGAGAGAUUUGUGGAGGAUAAAUAUGUGAUGAGUAUGGGGAUGCUAUGGAUGCUGACGACUGUGAUACCGCAGUCCUACACCCACAACCAGGCCGAGGAGAAAAAGGAGAAAACCAGCGAAAAGAACCCCCUCCUCAACUCGUACCAUCUCAUCAUGCGACUGGCCCAACUGACCCGUUGCCAGAGCUGGACUUUGUUGUAUGACAGCAGAGAACACGGCCUCUCUCAUAACAGAUUUCAUCACCACAUUUCUGCCUAUCAUGGUCCCACGAUUACCCUGAUCUCGUUUGAGGGCAGAAACAUUUACUGUCUGGCUCUGGAUAAACCAUGGAGAGAGGGAGCCAGUAGGUUUGGAGGAGAAGAUGCUAUGUUAAUCCAGAUUUCUCCAAUAUUCAGAGUAAUGCAAAGUAAUGGUCCCCUCACAACGUGGAAUGAGUAUUCACGAGACCUACGUAAAGGAAUUUACUUGGGGAAGGAGGGUCGAUCUUUGGUGCUAUUUAUUCCUGCCGAUUUUGACUCUGUGGAACAUUACGGAGUGAAUUGUGCUCUUCACAAAAUGGAGAUGUGGGGAUGUGGUGCGUCACACAUCCACGAAGAACAAGUGAAACAGAAACAAUGGGAGAAGAAGGAAACCAAUAAAAAUGCCACAAGGAAGUUAAACGUUGACUUGGGUAAAUGGGAAGAAAAUCCAGACAAACAGAUUCUGCAGUGGGGUGGCAUUAAUGUGGAGCACCAGUACAGCCGGGACAGUGGAUUCUAGAGGGAACCAAUUUAGGGAAAUUCCCAUCAUUCCAGGGUUACCUGUGCCCAUUAUCUUCAAGAUUGGGAGAUUGAGAUAUAAGAGAGAUAUCUGGUGACUGACUGAUGUACAGUUCAUUCCUUUUGACUUUCAGAGUACAAGCAUAGUCUUUCUUACAAAUUCAUGUAGAAUGUAUUCACAAUGAUUCAUAUUUUAAAGCAUCAUUCGUAUGUAUAGGGUAAUUCAAUGCUCUCUGCUCAUUAAUAGGGAAUGUAAUGCCGUGAUUAGUGGUAGUCAAUGGUGCUGCUAGACAAAACAUGUGAAGGUUGAUAGGGUAAUUCGUUUUCUGUGUGUGUUUAUUUACUGCUAUAUGUUAAUUUACACAGCUUGAAUCAGAAUCUCAUAAAAUUUCGACAUUCCAGAGAUGAAUAGUUGUUAUGUAAAAUGUGGCAUUAUCAAUGCUUUUUUGUAUGAUUUACAUGUGAUAAUCCGGUACACAUAUUGUUACACAUGCUUAUUAUUAUGUAAAAGUUUGGAUAGAACUUCCUUCAGCUGGAAGCUAACUGUGAUGUGUGUGACAAUCAUUUACCAGGUUAUUGCUUUCAUUUUAUGUCCAACUUAUAUUUUUUAAGUACCAUAACAGCAUUGAGGGGGGGGGGGGGGGGGUCAAUGUUAAAAAUAGACAACAGUGUAGUAUACCAUGGUCAGAUUACCUGCUCUUUCUUCUAGGUCAUAAAUUCGGGCCAUAUAGUGGAUAGAUUUGCUACAGUAUAAUUCUAAUAUUUCCAGAGGGUUUUAAUUCCCCGUGAUUUACAGAUUUAUAUGGUUUCAUAAAUUUCCAUGGCAUCAAAUUUUGUAGAUUUCUCAAAAAAUACAGUUUCAUUAAUAUGUAAUAUCAUGGAACCUGCUCUUUUUAUCUUCUUAAGUUUAUAAGGGAAAACGGUCAUCAAUUGACUUUGUGAUCUAACGCAACCCAGGAUUCAAAGAGAAAGAAACCAUGGUAGUCACUUUCAUUAUCAAUUUAAUCAAGAGAGACUUAGUACAUUUAGCUGUUUGUAGUGUUCCCCAUGACACAGUGAUCUAGUCAUACAAAGAACUGUGUUCAUUUCCUAAUCAGGUUAGUCAGUAGUGUACAUAGAUUUGUACUGUAGAUGUAGAGAUAGACACAGUCAUAAUAAUGGACAAGCAGGCAUUCCGUCGAUUCAACGAUUGCUUAGGAUCAGGAUAAAAAUAAUGUGUGCAUAGACUUCUAGAGAGCAGCUUUAGGGGUGUAUGAUCUCAUAGACUUCUAGAGAGCAGCUUUAGGGGUGUAUGAUCUCAUAGACUUCUAGAGAGCAGCUUUAGGGGUGUAUGAUCUCAAUGACACUGUCUCGGUGAAAUUUUACUAUCUUAGAAUUAUACUAUCGGGCCAAUUCUUGUAGAAACAUAAAAAUUGUGAUAUUGGUAUAGAAUUUUGUAGUAAUGAGAAGUAGCAGACUGAUUGCAUCAUAAUUAUUUGUAGGUCUAUUAUUACAUGUAUAUGUGUGAUUAUACUACUUGAUUUUGUGAACUGUUUGAGAUCAAUCAAUUUCUGUGUUUCCAUCAACAUGUAAACAUUAUUAUGAAAGAAAUUCACAUUGUGUUACAUUAUUGACAUAAUCUACUGUCACUUUGAUGCCUUUGUGGUCUAGUACUUGGAAUACUUUCUUAUGUAUAAUGAUAGGGAAAAUAUAAUGUCUUUAUAUAUUG